UUAAAAAAAAAAAACUCCUCCAUCUUUCCCUCUCUUUCAUGGGCAAUGCUUCGGUGCUUGGCUUAGUCGUCUUCAAUGGAGAAACUGAGGAAAGCGGUGAGCGAGAUCGCCUACACUCAGGACCACACUAAGCUCACUCAUCUUCACCGCUCUCUUAUCCCUGUCCUCUCCUUCGCCUCCUCUCUCUACAGGCUCGCCCUCUCUCUCCGCCGCUCCUUCUACCACUAUGGCCUCUUCACAAAGCACCGGUUACCGGUGCCAGUGAUCAGUGUUGGGAAUUUGACAUGGGGAGGCAACGGGAAAACUCCGAUGGUCGAGUUCAUUGCGCGGUUUUUAGCUGAUUCGGGAAUUUCUCCUCUCAUUCUUACCAGGGGUUAUGCUGGUGGGGAUGAAACCAAAAUGCUUCGUAGGCAUUUGCUUGGAAGGCCUGUGAAGAUAGGUGUGGGUGCAAAUCGGGCAGCUAUUGCUGCUCAUUUCUUUGAAAAAUAUGGUUAUGUUGAUCCUUACUCUACAAGUAAUUACGCUGAUGGAUUUAACCUAGGGCAGAAAGUGGGGAAUCAUCCUAGUUCAGAAACAAUUGGUGCUGUAGUUCUCGAUGACGGAAUGCAGCACUGGAGCCUGCAGCGUAAUCUGGAGAUUCUAAUGAUUAAUGGACUAACACUAUGGGGCAACUGUCACUUAAUACCACGUGGGCCAUUAAGGGAACCCUUGAAUGCACUUAGACGGGCAGAUGCUGUUGUGCUCCAUCAUGCAGAUUUGGUUUCAGAACAAAGGCUCACAGAUAUAGACUCCAUGCUAAGAGAAGUUAAUAAAUCUGUUCCAAUUUUCUUCACUAAAAUGGAUCCCUGCUUUUUCUUCAACGUGGGAAAUGUCAACUCCAGAAAACCAAUUACAGCUUUGUCUAACAGCAUUUUAUUAUGUGUUUCUGCCAUUGGUUCUGCAGAUGCAUUUGUGAAGGGAAUGGAGAAGAUAGGGGCAUUCUAUGUUGAUCGACUUGAAUUCAGCGACCAUCACAUAUUUCAGCCCAAGGAUAUUGAGAUGAUGAGGAAGAAACUAAGAGAGCUGGAGGAUGCAUUUGGUUCCAAGCCAGUCGUUAUAGUCACAGAAAAGGAUUAUGAUCGAGACCCGGGGAUUUUUGAGCACCUGGAUCCUUAUGAAAUCUUGGCACUCUGUUCUGAAUUGAAGAUCAUACCUCGCGGUGAACGCACUGAAGAUAGCUUCAAAAAGCUGUUGAAGGAGAUUUGAAAGAAAACUUACAAGGUAAAAACAGAAUACAGGUUUGCUAUUUUUUUAUUUUUUUGGACAAAUAAAGUUUGCUUAGUUACAGUAAGGCAAAAUGAAUCGUUAACCUAGAAACAGAAAAGAACGGAAAAAAGAAAACCUAACAAGGAUGCAGAGAAACAAUUGGAGAAAGGGACAUACGUAGAACGAAUACAUAUUCGAAUCAGGGCUUCUUUAUUCAACUAGAAAUACAUGAGCAGACUACAAAUACAUGGGCAGUACCAAACGCUAUGGAUUUUGCUGUACCGCUCUUUCUUCAAUUCUUUUCAGGUAGUCUUCAUUGUCUACCAACACCUAGAGGGUUAACAAGAAAUGUUUCUGUAAGCUUGCGCCCAUAAAAGAAUAAUAUCUUUGAGUUAUGCAAUGAAAGGAGGUUCAUGUUGCCUUUGCCGGUUAACUCAAGCGGUGUGAAAGAGAGUGAUGCAAUGAGUUAGGACUAAGAUAUGUUCAGAUUUCGAAUCUUUCCAACAUAAAAGCAUGAAAGAAUCAAAGAUAUAGUUUUCAUGUGGUUUUCUAGUUCCUUACCGUUUCAAAGCCAUCUGUAUCAAGGAAUGCUGUGAUCUUGGUGUGAAUUUUUGGGAGUGGACCCGGUGGUCUUAUUA